CAAGUUUACCCAAUUGGUAAUUGGGAUAAUCCUAUUGGUGAAAUGACUUUAAAAAAUUUGUUAAUGGUUUUGAAACAGAUUAAAAUUUAUUUGGCACCUUACAUGAAGGUUAAUGAAGAUGAGUAUGAUGGAAAGCUUUUAAAAAUUAAAGAGGAGCAUGAGGGUAUAUGGGAAAAAGUUGGCAUAAAUGAAAUUAUUCAUUUUAAGACAUAUUUGUUCUUAGUCAAAUU